AUGCAGAAGGUUCUGGUCGCUAACAGGGGUGAAAUUGCAAUCCGAGUAUUUCGUGCAGCGACAGAGUUAGGCUGGGCAACAGUGGCUCUCUGUACCGAGAAUGAUUCAAGUCACUCGAGCUAUGCGGAUGAAUUUAUUGAGCUGAACAAUCCUUCAGACUACAUGAAUGUUCAGAGGAUUGUGGAGAGUGCAAUAAGUUCGAAAGCUACCCACAUACACCCUGGCUAUGGAUUCCUCAGUGAAGCCGCAGAACUGGCAUCUGCAUGUUUGUCUGCAAAUAUCACGUUUAUUGGGCCUUCAAUAGAUGUUCUACGUGUCGCUUCAAACAAGAUGCUCUCCAGGGAACUUGCAGAAUCACUCAACAUUCUUGUAGCACCUGGCAAACGUGUCGACUCUCCAGAAACCGUGGUCGAGCUUGCACGCUAUGUUGGCUUUCCGGUCAUGAUCAAAGCGCUUGAUGGAGGUGGUGGAAGAGGAAUUCGGAUCUGUGAAAAGGAGAGUGAAGUUGCGGACGCGUUCAAACGAUGUCUGGGAGAGAGCCCGUCGCGGCAGCUGUUUGCAGAAAAGGCAUUGAAAGGGCCAGGUUGGAAACAUGUCGAGAUACAGGUUGUUGGCGAUGGUCAAGAUGUUGCUCAUCUAUGGGAACGGGAAUGCAGUGUGCAAAGAAGGUUCCAGAAAAUCGUUGAGAUUGCACCCUCCGCCUUACCAAAACCUUAUAUAUCUCCACUUAUCAAUUCUGCUGUGAAGAUGGCAGCAUCAAUGAAAUACAAAGGGCUAGGAACCUUUGAGUUCCUGGUCAACACCCAAACCCAGGAAUGGGCGUUUCUUGAAAUCAAUCCUCGAGUUCAGGUGGAACAUACGGUUACGGAAGAAAUUACUGGUGUGGACCUCGUUCGGACCCAACUCCUUCUCUCCCUUCCCAACUCGACCCUCUCUUCCCUAUCCCUAUGUAACCUUCAACCCCCCGCUGGAUAUGCUAUCCAACUGCGCCUUACUGCAGAAGACCCAGCUCAAUCAUUCCGACUCUCGCCAGGGACCAUACGGCCGCAGGACAUCGCCUGGCCAGGUGGACGAGGCAUCCGCGUGGACACGUGGCUAUCCUCUCUUUCAACCUCAAAUGGAUGGACGGUUGGCACAGAUUUUGACUCGUUGCUCGCGAAGAUCAUCGUACACGCUCAGACGUUUGAGGAAACGACUCAGAAAGCCAAACGCGCUUUGAGGGAGUUGCGAGUGAACAGUGCGAAUGUUCGAACAAAUAUACGAGUCCUUUCUGGGGUUUUGGAGCACCCGGACUGGAAGAGUGGAAACAUUGACACGCUGUGGCUCGAGAGGAACAUCGCUUCGGUAUUGGAAUUAGGGGGAUCUGGACGAGUGCGUAGUUCUCACUCCAAGCAAGCUCCCGUGGUCCCGUCCAUGCCUUCGUCGUCAACUCCGUAUGUGACGCUUCAGCCAGGAACAACCUUCCAUCUUGCUCUCUCCUCCGAAAAGCACACGAUGACGCUCUCCUCGAUUGUUUUGAAUACCUUCCCAGAACGACUUUCGGGCACUCUACAAACCUCCCUUGUACCACAAAGCGGUCCUAUCACGUUCGACCUAUCCCAAUCCACUUCAGUAGCUGUGUCUUCCGAGUUUGAGCUCGGGAAUCCCAACAAUUUGACACAUGUCUCGUCGCCUUUGACAGGGAAGAUCGUCGAGCUGAUAAAUCCGAACAAGCCGGUGAGAAAGGGAGAGAUGAUUGCAGUACUGAGUGUAAUGAAGAUGGAGAGCGUCGUUAGUGCACCACGCGAUGGUUUGGUAGUGCGUAUCGGAAAAGGGGUUCGAGUCGGCGUCGUUAUCGGUGACGGAACUCUGUUAGCUGUAGUGGACGGUCAGAGUCGCUUGUAG